AUGAGCGACGCACCGGCAGCUGAGACGGGCAUCAGUCCUAACCUCCAGGAUCCAAAAGCCGAUCCGCAAUAUGUUCAGUUCAAGUGCCUCCCGGCAGGCGGUCCUUUGAAUCGGUGGUCUCAUGCGAUCACAAGGGAACAUGACUACCCUGGUGCUCAAGCUAUGUUAUACGGCGCCGGAGUGCCGAACGAAGAGAUGAUGAAGAAUGCUCCUCACGUUGGAAUCGCGACUGUCUGGUGGGAAGGAAAUCCUAUAGUCCUCGAUUUCGGAAAGAUCGUGAAGAGAGCGAUAGAAAAGCAGAAGAUGCUGGCAUGGCAGUACAAUGCCGUAGGAGUAUCAGACGCCAUUACCAUGGGAGGCGAAGGCAUGAGAUAUUCGCUUCAAACUCGUGAUCUUAUUGCAGAUAGCAUAGAAACCGUUACCUGUGCGCAACACCACGAUGCCAAUAUCUCAAUUCCCGGCUGUGACAAGAACAUGCCGGGUGUUGUCAUGGCAGCAGCACGCCACAACCGGCCAUUCAUUAUGAUUUACGGUGGGACAAUUCGAAAGGGUUAUUCGGACCUUCUAGAGCGCGACGUGAAUGUGAGCACUUGUUACGAAGCUUCAGGGGCAUUCGCAUAUGGUCGACUCCAAGCCAAGACGAAUCCUGGCGCCGCAGGUCGAACCCCGAGCGACGUGUUGUCGGAUAUCGAACGUCAUGCUUGCCCCGGCGCGGGCGCCUGCGGUGGAAUGUACACUGCCAAUACGAUGGCAACGGCUAUAGAAGCUAUGGGUCUUACCCUUCCCGGGUCGUCAUCGUAUCCCGCUUUAUCUCCGGAGAAGGCCCGUGAAUGUGAACGCGCCGCCGAGGUCAUUAAAGUAACUAUGGAGAAAGACAUCCGCCCUCGUGAUUUGUUGACGAGAGAGUCGUUUGAAAACGCGCUGGUCAUUACUAUGAUACUUGGCGGCUCUACUAAUGGAGUUUUGCACUUCUUAGCUAUGGCAAACACAGCUGAAGUACCGCUGACUCUGGACGACGUCGAUAGGGUCAGCAAUAAGACCCCAUUCCUAGCGGAUCUAGCCCCGAGCGGAAAGUAUUUGAUGGAAGACUUGUACAAGAUUGGCGGCACUCCGUCUGUCUUGAAGAUGCUGAUAGCGGCCGGCCUAAUCAACGGCAAUAUCCCAACAGUGACAGGUCGUACCCUUGCGGAGAAUGUCGCCGAUUGGCCCAGUCUACCGCCCGACCAGAAGAUUAUUCGCCCACUUUCGGAUCCUAUCAAAGAGACGGGCCACCUCCGGAUUUUGCGAGGGAACUUCGCCCCAGAAGGCGCCGUUGCCAAGAUUACAGGCAAGGAGGGGUUGAGUUUUACGGGUAAGGCUCGAGUGUUUAAUAAGGAACACGAGCUCGACGAUGCCCUAUCGCGUGGCGAGAUCCCACGAGACGAGAACUUGGUCCUCAUUGUCCGUUAUGAAGGACCCCGCGGAGGCCCCGGCAUGCCUGAGCAGCUAAAGGCGUCGGCAGCUAUUAUGGGGGCGGGGCUAAAGAACAUCGCCCUCGUUACGGAUGGGAGAUAUAGUGGUGCCAGCCACGGCUUCAUAGUCGGCCACGUCACCCCGGAGGCAGCGAGAGGCGGCCCUAUCGCACUGGUUAGAGACGGAGACACGAUUGUCAUUGAUGCUAUUAAGAAUCGGAUUGAUAUGACCAAUGUGAGCGAAGAAGAGCUGAGAGAGAGGAAGAAGACGUGGAAGGCUCCCCCUCCAAGAGCUAGGAGGGGUGUCUUGGCAAAGUACGCCAGACUGGUUGGUGAUGCUAGUCAUGGUGCUGUCACAGACCAAUGGGACCCGGAGGGUUAG